AUGCCCGCUCGGGACAUCGCCUUACUCCCAGCUAGCCUUGGAGGGUUGGGACUGUCGCAGGCCACACGCACCAGCCCCGCGGCGUACUGGGCGGCCUGGGCCGAUGCCCUCAUUGUGCUGCGUGCACGGUGCCCGGCCUUACGGAUUGGGCGGUCGGCUGCCUCGUCAACGAGCGUGGGCCAGCGUGCCUACGGACAGCCUCUGCGGGGCGCGGGGGCUGCUUGCGCUCGAAGGCUGGACGGACGUGCGCCCGACGAUCGCAGGCGGCUCGACCUCGUCAUCUACGGCGCCGCGCAACUGGGUGGAGUCCUGUGCUGCGACGCGACCCUCGUGUCGCCUCUUACGCGAGAUGACACACGGUCGUUCAAGGACAUGUCUCUUUCUACGCGAGAUGGCGAGCCCCACCCCGGCGCGGCCGCGCAGGAUGGAGCUGUACUGCACACUGCCGGGCGCGCAAACCCUUUGCGUGCUCGGCGGCGAAGUGGGUGGGCGGUGGAACGCAGAUGCAGUGCAGCUGGUCAGGUGCCUUGUCGCCCUCCGCGCGCACAGAGUUCCCUUAGCAAUGCGAGCCCCUACGAAAGCGGCGUUCAUGGACCUCGCUGGCCCGGAAUGGCCGCGCCGCCUGCCGCUGCGCUGAACCGGCCCUAUGCGUCUAACCAGGAACCGGAUUUGCUCUGUGCGAGCCCUUUGCACUCCCCCUCGCGCACACUCUGGUACGGACUGUUUUGUUUUUCUUGCUGCAAGCGGGAAACCACACCGACAUUGGUGGCCGUCGGCGGUAGGCGGCUUGGCGAGGGGAGCGACCUCCCAGUGCUCGUCGGAAAGGACCUCGCUGAGAUCCGGCGUCAAGCCAUCAACGUUGGCAAUGAAGCGGGCCUUCUCCCGGCGCGCGGCAUCACAGGUGAAGUCACCGUACUGUUAACCAUCAUUGCUGCCCAUCUCGCAGCAAACUAUGGCACCACCCAGACAGCACCCAAGCUGAGGUAUUUGGGAUGCCCGCAAUUCUGUCCAUCAUUGGCGCACUUCAUGUAG